GUGAAACCAGACUUUGUGCAAGCAUAUGAAAAGCCCACUGUGUCUCAGAUAACAAGGUAACCUUUGGGAUCUGAUGCCUCAACACAGAACACAUCAGGACAUGAUCACUCUUUUCCUGACCACCCUCAGCCUCCUGUUUUGCAGGCCUGGUUAUUGCCAUGAAAGCAGUAUGCUGGUGGUUCCAGUCGAUGGAAGCCACUGGAUCAACAUGGAGGUGAUCCUGAGAGAGCUGCACUCGAGAGGUCACAGCAUCACUGUGCUGCGCUCUACUAAGAGCUGGUAUAUCCCAGAGUAUUCCCCUUUCUAUACUUCCAUUAAUGUGCGCAUGAUGGAGGAUGAGGUGGACAGGAACUUCUACAAUAAGCUAAUGCAAAGGAUUAUGAUGCACCGUCAACUGCCAGCUUUCAUACGCUCCUUCCGCCAACAGUUUGAGCUCACGUCCAUGUUGGAAAAGGGUAAUAAAAUUUGUGCUAGAGCUAUUGCAGCAAUGUUGGAUGAUCCAGUUUUAAUGAAAAAGCUGCAGGAUGCCAAAUAUGACUUAAUGUUAACCGACCCUGGCCUGCCUAUAGGGGUGUUUCUGGGUAGUUACCUCCAGCUGCCAAUGGUCUUCAAUGUACGCUGGAUCAAUAAUGGAGAAAGCCAUUUCACCAUGGCUCCCUCCCCUGUCUCCUAUGUUCCUGUGUCAGGCACAGAGUUCACUGAUCAGAUGGACUUCCUGGAAAGGACCAGGAAUGUGUUGCAUUACCUCUACAGCAUGUUGGAGCACUACUUUUUUAUAAAUCCGUGCUAUUCGAAUGUGUUAAAACGCCACUUCCCCCCUGGAGCUGACAUGCUCGCUAUGCAGCGUUCGGCUGAGAUCUGGUUAGUGAGGGCGGACUUUGUCUUUGAGUUCCCACGGCCCACAAUGCCCAACAUGGUCUAUAUAGGGGGGUUUCAGUGCAGUGAGGCCCAGCCCCUUUCUGCCGAGUUGGAGGCCUUCAUGCAGAGCUCUGGGGAGCAUGGGGUGGUGGUGAUGACUCUGGGGACAUUUGUGUCAGCUCUGCCCAUAGAAAAUAUGGAGGCCAUUGCCACUGCUUUUGCUCAGCUCCCCCAGAAGGUGGUGUGGAGGUAUUUGGGCCAGAGGCCGGCAUCCCUGGGGAACAACACCUUGCUGCUGGACUGGCUACCCCAGAAUGACCUCCUGGGACAUCCCAAGACACGUGCCUUUGUGGCUCAUGGAGGCACCAACGGCCUAUAUGAGGCCAUCUAUCAUGGAGUCCCUGUUGUGGGCCUGCCCCUCCUCUUUGACCAGUUUGACAACCUAUUAAGGUUGAAGGUGCGUGGGGCAGCAAGGGUGGUGGAGGCUGCCUCACUCACUCAAGAAAACUUCCUGGAGGCCCUAAGAGAUGUCCUGGAGACUCCCUACUACCGCCACAACAUGCAGCGUCUCUCCCAGCUGCACCGUGACCAGCCACAUUCCCCUAUGGACACUGCCAUCUUUUGGAUUGAAUAUGUCAUCAGGAAUAAAGGAGCAGCCCACCUGCAUUCAGCAGCUUUUAGCCUGCCCUGGUACUCCUACUUCAGUUUUGAUGUAGCUUUAAUCCUCAUCACCCUCAGUGGAGUCACUAUUUGGGUACUAGUCUCAUUGUGCGGCCUUCUCUGCUGCCGGAGAUCCAGGCAGAAGAGGAAAGUGGAGUAAGUGAUUUAA